GCUGUACUCCCCGUACCGACCAAUAGGAGCAUGGAGAACAACCCAUUCUUUUGAAAAAUGAACCAGUUAGCAAACUAACUUUGCCGAGGCAGCAAAUCAAGAUGACCCACAUACACCAACACUGAUCUAAUCAAUUUUGUGAUAAAACUUAAAAAGUGAUAAAUUCCAGAUGGAAUCUACAGAUGAUUUACCCUUUAACGAGAUUAAAGUAGAAGCUGACUCCGUUGAUAUUAAAUAUAUAGACGUAGAACCAUUCCUACCAGAAGAUGAUUUAAAUGCCGAUAUGUGCUCACAGGUAAAAGUAAAGGAUAAGGUCUUGGAUACAAUAACCUCCUCCUCCUACACCACAACCUCUACAUCCUCACAGUACUUCCAGGUCGGGGUGAUCAAACAAACCUCUCAGUUCAACCCUGACAUGAAGAAUCCAACCCAACCCGUCUCCUGGAGUAGCUGGACCAGCCAGGUCAAAUCUGAGGACGGAAUAACGGUUUACGAUAAAACCGGUAUGUACGCUGACACAGUGUACAUAGACAACCUUCAUGAUGUACAGAUAAGCUCUGAUGAUCAUGAAAUAAUUACCAUCAUGGAUUCACAUAAAGAUAUCAAGAAUCCAGUAUCUCUCAACACAUAUCUCAAGGAUCUAUCCCCUCCCUACUCUCCUAUCAUGAACCACAGUAUUACUCAACUAGAUGGUGCUCCCUCGCCCACCCUCUCAGAGAAUUCUUCCGCCUACACGGCACAGAGUUCUCCCACCUACCCGGCACAGAAUUCUCCUGCCUACCCAGCACAGAAUUCUCCUGCCUUCCCGGCACAAAAUUCUCCUGCCUACCCGGCACAGAGUUCUCCCACCUACCCUACACAGAGUUCUCCUCCCAACCCGGCACAGAGUUCUCCCGCCUACCCGGCACAAAGUUCUCCCGCCUAUCCGUCUAAGAAGUCUUCCGCAAACUCUGAACAGAAUUCUCCCUCAAACCGAGCACAGAUUUCUACGGCUUAUCCACUACAGAGCUCUCCCGCCUGUCCGGCACAAAACUAUCCAGAAUUUCCGCCACAGAAUUCUCCAAUUUAUCCGCCACAUAGUUUUCCCUCCUACCCACCCCAGAAUUCUCCCGCCUACCCGCCACUGAAUUCUCCCGACUACCCGCCACAGAAUUCUCCAGCCUACCCGCCACAGAAUUCUCUAGCCUACCCGCCACACAAUUCUCCCGUCAACCCGCCAGAGGUUUCUCCUGCUUACUCACGACAGAGUUCUCCUGAUUUUUCACAACAAAAUUCUCCUUCCUACCCUGAAGAGAAAUCCUUGGCUAAAAAAUCAGAAAUCAAUUCCGCUUUUACUCAGCAUAGCAUCCAGUCAUUCACGGAAAUACAUUCUAGUCAUAACACUCUAUCCUACCAGACCCAACAUAAUCAAUACAAACUCAUAAAUAAGAAAGAACUAUCUCCCACAUACAUAUCAAUUCCUGAGACAUGCUCGCCGUCCUACAGUUUUCAGAAUGUCCAAGGCUCACAGUACUUCCACGCAUUCAACUCUCCGUUUGUAUACGGUCACCAAGACCCAAGUUCAGAGGUGUAUCCAGGUGUUGAUGCUCCUAUGGACUAUUCUACCGACUCAAGAACCAGAUAUAACUCGGAGAAUACUGAUCUGAAUUCAGUUCCAUCUCCAACUUGUUAUCCACUCAGUUUAUCACCUGGAGCUAAACCUCUGGGAUAUCCAGGUCUAGGUCCUGAUAAUAUGAUUGACUCCGGGUAUUCUGAUACUAGCACGUCAUGGAUUCAAAGAUACUCUGAGGACGGUAAGAGUUCGGAUCAUUCAACGUCAUUAAUAAAUCAGUACUACCCAUACCUGCAAGAGCGUACAAGUGAUGUUGCUUCCUACCCAGUUAGAGAGUCUAGUCCUUCAGACUCCCAGUCAAAUAAAACCUUUCAGUUUAAUUCAAACACUGGGUUUUACCAAGGCGAUUCCUCUGUUAACUCAAAGCAAGAUAUUCUCAAAACCGUUCUCAACACUCUUGGUUUUCCCUCCAGUAGUUCCAGUUCUCCAACUACUCCGGAGAUUCUAAUCCCAACCACUCUCCAGAAUUCCGAUCCAAGUGAUCCCAACACCUCCGUCGUGGAUGAAGACGGACGAAACAAUGCCGCCACGAAACCUCGUGCACGGAAACGGAAACGAGAGCCAAGCAAUUUCACAGCUAGAUACAGAGAAGGAGUUCAAAUACCUGAGGCUGAGAAAUCUAAAUGGAAAGCAAAGCUGGAGAAGACGAACCAAACAUGUCGGAUCUGUGGGGAUGUAUCCUCUGGAACUCACUACACUUGCUACGCCUGCGAGGGGUGCAAAUCUUUUUUUAGGCGUGCUGUAACGAAGAAAGCCACCUUUAAAUGUAGAUAUUCAAACGGAUGUAACAUUGUCUUCAGUGUGCGCAAUAAGUGUCAAGCCUGUAGGUUUGCUAAGUGUAUAGCUAUGAACAUGAAUCCCCAGUGUGUUCGUGAAGAAGGAAGGAGAGGCAAAAAUCCCAAACUAAACCCAACCUCUGAUCCUAAAACCCAGGAUGAGAAAAAAUCCCAAUCUACAACAGAAGAACCUGUGUACACAGCUAGAAAAUCUGUUGCACCUCUGAAACCGGUAAAUAGUGAAACUAGAAAAUCCACCGGAGAUCUAAUCUUAAAUGCGGCAAUUCGAGCAGUAGCAGACGCUGAUUCCGGUAUGACUGAUAACCAACGCACUGGAGAGGUUUAUCAGAAUCCUACGAUGACCUCCAGGUCCUGGCAAGGAGGAAAUAAUCCUGAAAUAACCUGCAAGGAAUAUGAAGUGCUGAUUAAGCUGGUUAAUCUUUACAAUCAGCUUGAACAUCCUCACCCAACAGAUCUUGAUGAAAUCGAUGACCUGAUUGCACAGGAGAAAACAGAUGAGGAUAAAUACAUGACAGAGGUUUUAGAAACUACUUGCCUGGCUGCUAGGUUAAUUGUUCAAUACAGCAAAUUUUUGCCUGGUUUCAUUGAUGUGGAUAGAUCAGAUCAGAUGACUAUUCUCAAGGGAAGCUCAAGUGAAUGUUUGAUUUUGCGAAGCGCCCGACGGUACAAUGUUGAGACGGACAGCAUAGUGUUCAGUAAUAACCACGCCUACACCACCACAACCUGGGACAUCGUGGGUCUAGACAAUACGGAGCUCAUGCGAUUUUGCAGAAACGUUUGUAGUUUAAACCUGGAUAAUGCAGAAUACGCUCUACUAACUGCAAUCAUCGUUUUUAGUGAUAGGGAUAACAUCCAGUUUAAACACAAGUUGGAUCGAGUGCGUGAGAAGUACAUGAAGCUGCUUAAAUCAUAUAUAAAGAUGGAUCCAAGUAAACCUGGUGACAAGUUUUACAAGCUUAUAGACCUUCUUCCUCAACUUAGGAAGUUGAAUGUGAUAAACCAGAAUCAGACGGCGGGAUUCAAAAUUAGAAACCCGAAGUUUCCACCACUCCUGGCGGAGUUAUGGGGGGUGGAACUCCUCUCAUAGAUCCAGACAGAUUCUCUGCUCUAUUUUAUACAUUAAGUAAUUAUGACCAUGUUUUUAAAAAAGUUAAUUGAUACAGGUGUAGUCAUAAAAUCCCCCAUCUCCAUUGAAUUUUAAACUAUUGUACUGUAUACCUAGUAGAGUAUAUAUAUAUAGCCUGAACUGUACAAAUCUAUAUAUUAUAUGUACCUGAAUUGUACAAGUGAUGUUGUACCGUUUUAUUUUGAAAUACAAAAACUAAAAAAUUA